UGACAUAACUCUAUUCAGAGACUGGCGUGACUGGGCUGGUCUCCCCCCCCACCCCCCACACACACCCUCCUCAGCUCUUGUAUCACUGAGGAUCUGGCAGGCAGCUCUAUCCUGAGUUCACAGCAUAUAUUGGUGGAUUCUUGUCCCCAGUGCAUCUGUUUUAAGAGUUAAGGGAAGCAGUGUCAGGACAGUAAGGCUUCACAACACUUAACAGAAAAUGAAUCUAACUGCAUUCACCCUACUCUUGGUAUUGAUAAGUGGUGCCAUUGGUAGUUACUACUAUGAUUAUGAUUCCCCUGCAUUCAUUUAUGGGCAACCGUCACCAAACUGUGCCCCAGAAUGUAACUGCCCUCAAAGCUAUCCAACCGCCAUGUACUGUGAUGAGCUGAAGUUAAAAAGUGUGCCUAUGGUGCCUCCUGGAAUCAAGUACCUUUACCUUAGAAACAACCAAAUUGACCAUAUCGAUGAAAAAGCCUUUGAGAAUGUGACUGAUCUGCAGUGGCUCAUUCUAGAUCACAACCUUCUAGAAAAUUCCAAGAUGAAAGGAAAAGUCUUCUCUAGACUGAAACAAUUAAAGAAACUGCAUAUCAACUACAACAAUCUGACAGAGUCUGUUGGCCCACUUCCUAAGUCUCUAGAGGACCUGCAGCUUACUCAUAACAAGAUUGCAAAGCUGGGCUCCUUUGAUGGACUGGUAAACCUGACCUUUGUCCACCUUCAACACAAUCAGCUCAAAGAAGACAGCGUUUCGUCUUCCCUAAAAGGCCUUAAAUCACUUGAGUACCUUGACUUGAGCUUCAAUCAGAUGAGCAAACUACCUUCUGGUCUCCCAGCAUCCCUUCUAACUCUUUACUUAGAUAACAACAAGAUCAGCAACAUCCCAGAUGAGUAUUUCAAGCGUUUUAGUGGGCUGCAGUACCUGCGUUUAUCUCACAAUGAGCUGGCAGAUGGAGGAAUACCUGGCAAUUCCUUUAAUGUAUCAUCCCUGCUGGAGCUGGAUCUCUCCUACAAUAAGCUUAAAAGCAUACCAACAGUGAACGAAAACCUGGAAAACUAUUACCUGGAAGUCAACCAAAUUGAAAAGUUUGAUGUCAAGAGCUUCUGUAAGAUCCUGGGACCAUUAUCCUAUUCUAAGAUCAAGCAUUUGCGUUUGGAUGGCAAUCCUCUCACCCAAUCCAGUCUGCCUCCCGAUAUGUACGAAUGUCUACGUAUAGCAAAUGAAAUCACCGUGAAUUAAUAUCCUCCAUAUCCAAGCAUCUUAGGUUUUCCUUGUGUGGAUGGAUUUUUCGUCCUUUUCAUUGUUUGUUGCUGUUUAUUACUUCCAUGAGUCUUAAAUAAUAAGGAAAAUGUUUUGUAAACAUUUACCAUGUUUUUAAAUGAGAGAAAGAUGAAAAGCAGGCCUAUUUCAUCACAAGAACACACACACAUAGACAUCAUAUUGCAAACUGUACUUAUAAAUUUAGUGUUUCUUCUAUCUCUAUUGUCCAUUGAUCUGCAACACUUUUGCAUUGGUUAGAUAGAAGUCAGCUAAGUUUGAUAGUCCCUGAAUCUUAAUUUAAUGGACAGAAAAGCAUAGAAUGAUAUGUAUAGAUACCUACUUCACUUGAGCCAAAUUACCUUGGUAAGUUCAUUUUUGUUGAAAAAUAGGUGGCGCAUUUUAAGAACAAUAAUCUUUUUUUCAAAUUACUUGACAAAAUUUAUGAAGUCAUGUGCACCUACAGAAAUAUUUUUAGUAUUAAUAAUUUGCAUACUUACCUAGCAAAACUUUUCUAGAAUCAUUUUUCACUCUAAGUCAUAUGUAUGUUUCUUUUUGAUUAUUUGCAUGUUAUCUUUAACAAGCCAAUAGCAAAAUAAAACAUAGCAAAUGGCA